AUAGGAAAUGCACCUGUUAUGGCAGCACAAGAAAUGCAAGUUGAUCAUGUGCCACCAUUAAUUGCAGAAGUAGAACAGCCGCGCCGUUCGCUAGAGCGCGAAGGGGAACGUGGAAAUGUUGCAUUGUUACCUAUACAACGACCACGUCCACUAGCACCACGUUCUUUGCCUGAUUUCUUAGAGUUGCUAUGUGAAGGGCGUGCGAAUGCACGUGAAGCAAUCGUACCCGUUGCGCCUCCAAAUAACAUCCUAAUGUUGCCCGUUGAAAUCAUGGUAAUUAUUUUCUCCCACUUGGACGAUAUGUCGAUGUGGAAGGCGAGUGAAGUGUGCAAGCAAUGGCGUAGCAUAUUAGAACAAAACACAUCGCAAUUGAUGUGGAUGCGUUAUUUGAAAGAGCGCUGGCCUCUCUUUCAGUGCAUCGUUGAUGUACCGAAUUGGCUCAAAUUGUACAGCGCAUUGAUGAAUUCCUGUUUUUGCCGAACUUGUUUGCUGCAGAUGGCAUUGAAGUCGCCACCGCGUGCACGCCAAAAUGCGAUACGAAUGAAUUUCUUGCGUAACGAUGCACAUCAAUUGAAUAGCCAUGCAACGGAGGGCAUAGAUGCGAUACCCUUAGACAAGCAAAACACCUAUUGGCAGGCGAGCAUUUUGGGACCUGCCGGCAGUCCAUACGAGGGUGGCAAGUUCUUCCUUUAUAUCUUUUUUCCAGAACGUUAUCCAAUGAUUCCACCGACUGUACGCUUUUUGACAAAGAUUCUUCAUCCGAAUGUGUCACGCCAUGGUGAUGUGGGUAUCGAUAUUUUCCAGCAUAACUGGUCCUUAGCAUUGAACGUCUCGAAAAUCUUGUUGUCGGUGCAAAGUUUGCUCACAGAUCCAUAUACAGAGAUAUGCAUGGAACCCGAAUUAGGUUAUAUGUAUGAGCACAACCGUGCCCGUUUUGAGAACUUGGCACGUUCUUGGACCUGGAAGUAUGCCAUGUUCGAGUUGAUGCCGCCCUCCUAGGCGCACGUAUGCACAUACACAAGAAAAUAAAAAGAGUUACUUUGAAAACCAAGUGACCAAUCGCUUUUUAAAAAGCAUUUACGAAUUAUUUAUUUAUUUAUCUUGAGCACAAAUAAUUGUUUUUAAUUUAAUUUAUUUAUUUAUGUAAAUAUAAAAAUAUUUGCAUAUUUUUUUUGGUUGUGCCCCAUGUCAAUAACUAAGCAAGGUACAAGCAAAAUCGUCUAAAGGAUAACGGAAAAAAUAUGAAUUAUUGAUUUCUUAAAAUAUUUGCUAUUACCACUACAUGUAUUUAAUUAACUAGAUUCAAUUUAUUCAGAAUUUCUGAAUCUCAUUUGUUACGUGAAUUUCCUAUAUAUAUUCUUUAAAACUAAACUACUGAUGACUCGAUUAAUCGAAACUAGCAAUAAAUACGCCUAGAAUUUUUACAAGCAUACAUAAAUCAUAUAUAACUUUUGCACAUUAAAUGUACUAUAUUAAUAAGAAAGUAAUAAUAAAUAUAUAAAAUCAUAUUAAAAAAAA